AUGGAGAAGAAAGCUGUUCACUUCGGCGGUGGUAACAUCGGCCGUGGUUUUGUUGCCGAAUUCCUUCACUCUGCUGGCUUCGAGGUGGUCUUUGUGGAUGUCAUGGACAGCAUCAUCUCCGCUUUGCAGAACACCAAGUCAUACCAAGUCACCGAGGUCAGUGAGGAGGGUGAGAACACCAAGACCAUCACCAACUACCGUGCCAUCAACUCCAAGACACACGAGGCCGAUGUCAUCAAGGAGAUCGCAACUGCUGAAAUCGUGACCUGCGCCGUGGGCCCCAACAUCCUCAAGUUCAUCGCACCCGUCAUUGCCAAGGGUAUCGAUGCCCGCACUGACCCCCACCCAUUGGCUGUCAUUGCUUGUGAGAACGCUAUUGGUGCCACCGAUACUCUGCAUGGAUUCAUCAAGGACAACACUGCCGCAGACCGUGUGGACUCUAUGCCAGACCGUGCCCGGUUCGCCAACUCUGCCAUCGACCGCAUUGUCCCUGCUCAGGCCGCAGAUGCCGGUCUCAACGUGCGCAUUGAGAAGUUCUACGAGUGGGCUGUGGAAAAGACCCCCUUCGGCAGCUACGGCCACCCCGACAUCCCAGCCAUCCACUGGGUUGGGCACCUCGAGCCCUACAUUGAGCGCAAGCUUUUCACUGUCAAUACUAGCCACGCCACUGCUGCUUACUACGGAUACCACCUCGGCAAGAAGACUAUUGCCGAAGCACUGAAGGACGACUACAUCCGCGGAGUCGUCCGUGAUGUUCUCCAAGAGACUGCCGCACUCAUCAUCGACAAGCACGAAAUCAGCGCUCCCGAGCAGCAGGAGUACGUCGAGACCAUCAUUUCCCGCAUCUCCAACCCCUACCUCGAAGACAGUGUAGAGCGUGUGGGUCGCGCUCCCAUGCGCAAAGUCUCUCGCAAGGAGCGAUUUAUCGGACCGGCUGCACAGCUGGCGGAGCGUGGAGGAAAGUUCGACUCGUUGAUGGGAUCUGUUGAGAUGGCAUUGCGUUUCCAGAAUGUCGAGGGAGAUGAAGAGAGUGUGGAAUUGGCCAAGGUGCUCAAGGAGAACUCGCCUGCCGAUGCAGCCAUCGCUCUCACCGGCCUAGACCGUGACCACCCACUGUUCCCCCAUGUGGUCAAGGUCGUCGACGGCGUACAAUCCGACGCAAAGUAG